AUUGAAGCUACUUCUCUUUCCGUUUACAGGCUCACUGGUAUCGACGCGCCAUCUCAGGACAAGGCGUCCAUUAUUACAGCAGCAACAAUUCAAAACCCACAAGUUCACUCACGGGAGCUCCCGAGGCGACAAUAUAACGUUACAUUCGUUCAGCGUUGCUUUCUGCUCGAGGACAGCUCGAAGAAGACAGCUCCUUCUUCGACUUAGCUAAUUGUUAGCUAGCUGCUAGCCUGUGACGUUGUUAGCUAAAACAACUUAGCUGCGGAGGAAUUUCACAGCCUGUUUAUGUUUUCGCCGCUUCGAAGUCAUGUUGGACGGAUCUCAGGCUCACAGCGAUGAAGCCAACAUCGGCAACGUCGAAAACAACAACCCGAUCAUUUCCAGCAGCGACGGGAUGAACAAAACAAAGCAGGCGCUGCUGAAGAAAGGAGGCAGGAAGCUGCGGACGACGACGACGGCGCCGCUGCAUCACCAUAAACCACCGAGAAACUGCCCCAACGUCCGCCUGUCCGACCACAACAACAACACCCUGACGGCUUCAUCCGUCAACAAACCCGCCGUCCAGCCCGGUACCGAGCACCCUGCCGGUACGCAGACCGUGCUGACCCUCCAUCAUCUCAGACAGGGAGCCAAGAAGGAGCUGCUGAAAUCCAAAGGUGGCCGAUCGGAGCGAGGUGCCACGCAGCCAGGAGGCCAACCUGCCCGCAACCUGCCCAGACACGAUCAAAUCACCCAGAAUGUGAAUGCCCGCAGCCACAAGCCCAAGCAGAGCCAAACACCCAGCGCUUCGCACUCCACGAAGAAGAAGGACAACAGCAGCCCCAAUAAGCCCUCCCCCUUACCCCAGCCUCAACACCGAGAGCAGAAAAAACCCCUCCUGGCCUCCAACAACGUGAAGAUCGUGAACACUCCGCCUGCUGAAGCCCUGCCCGAAUACCUCAAAGAUGCCGAGAAGGUCUACGCCGGAGCCAAGUUCAGCGAGCCGCCCUCACCCAGUGUCUUACCCAAACCGCCCAGUCACUGGGUCGGAGAAAACGAGCCACAACAAAGCAACCAAAGCAGGGAGCAAAUGACUGUUCAUUUAAAGUCACUGCUGAAGGUUCAGGAUAAAUCAUGACUAGCCUGGCGUUUUGUGAUUGGAGCUGAUCUCUCUGAUAUGCGAUCAGCAAUUAACGCCAACAAUUGGGAAAUUUAAAAGGAAAAUUAAAUGGAGUUUGGCUUUUAACACACUGCAAUACAAUGUAGGGAGUUUCAAUUCACUGUAAUACAAUUUCUCAUUAGCCAACACGCUGCCUGCAUCUGUGAACAUUUUGGACACUUUGUGUUGCUGCUAGGAAUCUGACUGACAUGCUGUGUAUGUCAGGUGUUUAUCAGAUACUGACUGAAUUCUUUUUGGCAGAAGAAAGGAGGAAAAUAGUGUUAUCUAAUUCGUGGGAAGCGUGUGGGAGUCUGAGGUCGUCUCCAGCAGCAACACACUCAGUGUCUCGAGUUUACGCGAUGCAAAGUGACGACAGCACUUUCUCUGUGAACACUUUUGAAAAGGCAGCCGUGCGUUCGACUUUUUAAGCUUGUGUAAAUGUACAUAAUAUAUUGUAAACAAAUAUUUGUGUAUAUUUUCUUGUUAUUUUAACUGAGAUUCUAGUUUUGUUACUGAGGAUUUUCCAAAAAAGAAAAAAAAAAAGUCCCCUGCAAACUGAGGCACUUUGUUCCAGCUCCUUCAGUGUGAGGCACAGUGGAUGUAAGAAAGACUUUUCUUACCGAUUUGCACUGAAAACUACAAUCGGGAAGGGCGAGACACCUAACUUUUGAUGUUCCAAAGCUUGACCGGCCACUUUGAUGAAUCCACCAGCCAGCUUAGAGCACAGGAGAGGACUUGUUGCAGGUCCUGGCUGGUUACCUUUCAAAAUGGAUUGGACAGCGGACAAAUCAAAAAAAAAAAAGCCAUGGCCCAAAGCUACCAGCUGCUGGCUGAAGUUCUCUCCCUUCCCUGUACACGGGUCCAGCCGGUGAAAAGUCUAGCUUCAGGUCAGCGACCGUGAAGCCGACGAGGCUGUCGGAGCCUCAAUGAACUGAAGAAGAUGUGAAAGUCUCACAACCAGCUGCUGCACAAAGCCAGUAUCCAGCAUCCACAGCGAGCGCUUUUUCUGUUUAACUUUAUGCACUGAUGUAGGGUACGUCCACAUUAAGCUGACUGAAUCGAGGACCUUUUUCUUUCCCUCCAUUCGCACUUAGAAACUUGUUUCACACCAAGAAACCAACAGCACAGCGGCUCUGAGGACAUGGGGACGCGUCCUUCUAAUGUCCUCUGCCAUCAGUUGUUAAAUGCCAUCGCUGUCUGUAACCCAGCUGCUGUCCAUGCCACAUUUUAGGAGUUGCGCUUCAGUCCAAGAUAUUUUCCAUCCAUGUCAGUCUCUGCUAUGUUCACACUCUGUCGAACAACCGGACGCUUUGUGGGCGGCUGAGCUGCCAGAAGCUUCCUCAUGUUUGCGUUUCUUGCCUCUGAGCUUGCGGCUGCUGUGCUCACGUUCAAAUACAGCUGCAACCUCUGGUAUUCCACCUCCAGCUGACUUGACGUCCAGCAGGUUCUCGUAGGAAAAUGUCUUGACUCAGGCGAGUUGAUUAAAGCAAGUGAUCGACAGGAAAGGAUGGAUUAAGUUUUUAGUCAUUGUGGAAGAGAAAAAAAGUUUACUGAUUCUACAUUUUUGUCGGCUUUAUUUUCUUGUAAACAGAAUAUAUGUGGAUUUGGAACAAAAGACAUUUCAUUAUGUCACUUUUGUAAUUGGCAUGUUAACGAUUACCUCACGUUUAAUCGAGUGCUAUGAUUCAAUUCAUUACGCCAUAGUGGAAAUAAUCGUCGCAGCUUUAAUCGCUAUCAGAAUAAACGCCUGCAUCAUGGCUGCAGCUCCGCGUCUCAGUCAGCGGGGACAACAGGAACAGAACAGGAAAAACCAGCUGAGACUCAGCAAAGUGUUUGUCCUGCUCCUUACCAGAUGGGAAUGAAAAAACGAACAAAGCAAGUUGAAAAGAGAUUUUUUUUUUUAAUGAGCAGGUGUUUUGGCGUCAAUGGAGAUCCGACAAAACCAUUAUUUUCAUGUGAACCUCUUACAAACAGCUUCAUGUGGACGUAGUCUUACCUUGUCUGUAUAUGAUUAUUUUUUUUUAAAGGGGACUUGUUUUCACACACAUUUUCAUUUCACAUACCUCUUCUUGACCUUCUCCUUUCCCCACUUUAACGCACUUGAAUGUUUACCAAGAGCUCUUGUGACUAUGUACCACGUGUGUUGUUGGUUUGUUUUGUUUUUUAUCUUUAAUGGUUUUUGUGGAUGCAGGCAGCUGCUGGAUCUUGUUUCUUGACCUCUGUGACGUCACUUGAAUGGAAAAUUGUAUUGAUGUAGCGACGACUGCCCCAUUUUAUUGCAGUGUUUUAAAAAUGUUUUCAUUCCAGUCACCAGAAUAUGCUUAACAACACAUCUCCAUGCCACAAUCUGGGAAAAAAAAAACAAUCAUUUAUUUUACAAAAAGUUUCAUAUCUAAAUUAAAAAUUCUAUUAAAACAUUGGUUACCCCUA